UGAAGAGGUUAGCUCCCCGCCAGGUGGGGAUAAAUUCAAGGCAUGGGGCUCCCCCAGCCUUAGGACCUGCGUGUCACAAUGGCCACGGGGAGAGUCCUGCUUGCCUUUCUGCUGCUCCUGUCCCUGCAGCUUGGCCUCAGCUGGAGCCCUGAUACUCAGGGGGCUCCUGUGGCAGAGGAAGAGUUUUCAUCCGAGUGGACAACAGAAGUUGGAGGGACCUGGAGGCCGCUGCUGGACACUCGACAGCCCCAUACCCGCUUACGCCGAGCCCCAGCCGGCCCCUGCCAACUGUGGAGCCUGACGCUGCCUGUGGCGGAGCUAGGCCUGGGCUAUGCCUCGGAGGAGAAGGUCACCUUUCGCUACUGUGCUGGCAGCUGUGCCUGCAGUGCCCGCACCCAGCACAGCCUGACGCUGGCCCGACUUCGGGCCCAGGGUCGAGCCUUCGGCGGGCCCUGCUGCCGGCCUACCCGCUAUGCUGAUGUGGCCUUCAUCGAUGACCGACAACGCUGGCAACGGCUGCCCCAGCUCUCGGCAGCUGCCUGCAGCUGUGGGUGAGGGUACCCGGCCCAGAGCCCUGGUUCCCUGUGCGUGGAGCACUGGAGGAGCUGGGCUGACUUAUUUA